AUGGACAGAAACGGAUUUUAUUUUCUGUUGAUAAUUUUGAGUCGGCUAACGCUGUUAGUGUUAACAGAGCCAGUAAACGUCGCUUUGAACAAGGAGACUAGAGGAAUUUUCACGUGUUCCACGUUUGGAAAAGAGUACUACCGUAAUCUGUCUAAUAAAGACAGGCGUCAGGAAGUGCACGUGUGUGACAGUUUGACCACCCAUCCGCCCAGUGCGAUGGUCGACGGUAACGUAACAACGAAAUGGCAGAGCGUGUCGAAAUUUCGCAUCAGCUAUUUUGGAAUCGCAAACCUGACGGCGUUAACACCUCCUGGGCGUAGUAACUUGCAUGGAGUUAUUUAUAUAGAUUUAAAACAGGUGUUCAAUGUAGAAAGUAUGUCACUGAUGAUGGGCGACGCGAAGCGACCAAACCAGAUGGUCGUGUACAAGUCGACCACCUCGGAAGAGGGAGGAGGCAGUUACAGACCGUGGGUGUACCGGGUGACGUGGGACAAUGAGUGUCAGACCAAGUUCUCGCACGCUGUUGGCGACAUGCCCACGUCGACGACAGCUAGCAUCUGUACACGAUACAACAACCCUACGGCAACCGGCCUGGAGACGGUUACCUUUGAUUUCAAACAUGUCACAGAAUCUGCUUUAAGAGAAUGGAAAACAGCUCGGUUCAUUAAGAUAGAACUGUAUGACAUGCCCAUGCCACUGGGCUUUGAAGGAGACAUAUUUCAACACUUUGCUAUAUCAGAAUGGGUUGUGAUGGCGGAAUGCGUGUGCAAUGGACAUCAGACUGGUUGUGAGCUGAACCCGACAACUGGAACCUUUGAAUGCAAGUGUGGAGGAAAUACGUUUGGAUCGUUUUGUGAACUCUGCAAGCCAAUGUUUAACCAACAGCCGUUUUCAUAUGGCGUGCCUUGUGAAUCUUGUAACUGCUUCAACCAUUCCAUUGAGUGUAGCUAUGACGCUGCAGUAGCUGCUAAUAACAAGAGUCUGAACAUCCGUGGUCAGCUGUCAGGAGGUGGCGUCUGUAGUGCGUGUCAGGAUCAUACAGCUGGUGUGAAUUGUGAGCUGUGUGUUGCGACGUAUUUCCGCCCGGCAGGUCGUGACCAGACCGCAGCCGAUGCAUGUGUUCCGUGUGAGUGUGUGCCUGCUGGGUCCAUCGUCAGUCCACUGUCAGGGAUUAAAGAUGACUGUGUCACAAACUCCGAUGUCAUUCUCAUUCCACCAAAGGAUCCUGGCUUCUGUUGGUGUAAGGACAAUGUGGAGGGCAAUAAAUGUCAACGGUGCAAGACUGGUUUUUAUAACAUGAGGGCAGAGAAUGCUCAGGGAUGUCAAGCGUGUGAGUGUAAUGAAGCUGGUACUGUAGGAAGCAGUCAGGCCUGUGCACCAGAUGAGACUGGACAGUGCUCAUGCAAGGCCAACACUGAAGGUCGCGCUUGUGAUUCAUGCAAAAAUGAAUUUUACCAAUUGGAUAUUGCCAAAUCUGAUGGUUGUUCUGCAUGUGAGUGUGACCCAGGUGGUGCUCUGUCCCCAGUGUGUCACAAGGUCAGCGGUCAGUGUACGUGUCGGCCAAAUCUCAGUGGUCGGCAGUGUGACAGCCCAGAUCAAGGUUUUUAUUAUCCCAGCCUUUACUUCAUCAAUGCUCAGUUUGAACGCAACUUUGAUAAAUGGGAGAAGAACGAAACAAUGGGAGUCUUUUUUGGAGACGGUUACGCUGUAACUAAAAAUGGAGAUAAGCUGGAUGUGAUGCUGUCAUUUCCGGGAGGCACCACAUUUAGUGGUGUCUGUACAGUGGUAAUCAGAUACAAGACAGAUGAGGCAACUUCUCUCACAGUUGAGAUCACCGCAUCAGAUAAUCCAAUACCUGCCCAGGUUAACAUGGCCUUGUGUCCGACUACUGGAACCACCUGGUGUUACGCCCAGGUAGACUCGCGCAACUUCACUCUGACUCCUGGACCCCACAGUACCACGGUUCGAGUCUCAGGAGCGGCAUUACUGGAUCAAAUAGUUUGCAUACCAGUUGAGUUCCUUGAUUCUGAACCAGUCUUGAAGUCUUCGGCUUUUGCAGCAAGAUGUGAUGUCAUCCAAAAUGAUAUGAAGGCUGGAUCAGUGUACGAAAGCACCUGCAACAAAGGGGUCUUCUCUCUGAUGAUGUACUACAUGAACGGACCUCGGUUUUGCGCCUGUAAUGUAGACGGAAGCUCCAGUGUGUUCUGUAAUAGAAACGGCGGCCAGUGCCAGUGUAAAGCGGGUGUGGGAGGACGGCAGUGUGACACGUGUUUGCCCGGCUUUUUUAACUUGACAAGCGUUGGUUGCCAAGCUUGUAACUGCAAGGGAAGUAACCCAGUGUGUGAUAAAAUCAUUGGUCAGUGCUCCUGCCCACCUAACACAAUGGGUCGACAGUGUGACAUGUGCAACCCAUACUUCUAUGCCUGGGAUGGUGUAAAUGGGUGUCAGGCAUGUGACUGCAACCGCACAGGUUCAAGCUCUCUACAGUGCAAUCUCACAGACGGGAACUGUAUCUGUAAAACUGGUGUCAUUGGUAAGCAUUGCUCAAGCUGUGCGGACGGAAACACAAACUUCAGUCCAUCUGGAUGUACAGACUGUGGGUGUUCUCCCGUUGGGUCAGCCAGUCCUGUCUGCGACAGACAGAAUGGACAAUGUACUUGUCGGGACAAUGUGGAAGGCAAGCUGUGUACAGGCUGUAAGGUUGGCUCGUUCUACAUGGAGAAACAGAACCCAAAAGGAUGUCUCGAUUGUAUCUGCAUGGGUGUGGUCACCAAUUGUCACAGCUCCCCCCAGCUACUACAGCGGAAAUCCUUCCUGCUAGCGAGUAGUUCAAGUGGUGGUGAGCUGUCAACGGUGAUGAAGAUGACCGACAGGGCUGGCACUCCCAUACAGAAUGCGACCUUGAUGGCGUCUGUGUCCUUUACAUUGACCGUGAGAGCUGCAAGUGAUGGUCGUGUUUACCUUGAGGCAGCUCUUGAUGGUCAGACGGAGGUCUUCUGGAGAAUGCCUUCUGAACUCCAGGGUAAUCUUUUGGGUAUUUAUGGUAGUAAGAUUGAAGCUGAUGUCACCUAUUCUGCCGGGACACCAAUAUCAAGAAAUGCCAUUUUGAUUGGUCGAAACAAUGUUCGACUGGUUCACCGUUUUGCACCACUAGAAUCUGCAAAUGUAACAAAACCACUUGUUGUGUCUCUGACCGAGGCUGACUGGGUGGAGGAAGGAACAUCUGCCAAUGUCACCCGGGGAAAGUUUUUACUGGCAAUAUCUGAUACGAAGAUGAUUCUGAUGCCGGCCCGACAUGCUAGUUCUCCACAUAAAACAAGCCUCUCACGUCUGGAGUACAGUUUAGUGGGUACCAAUGGUUUGCCAAACCCAGCUGUGGAGGCGUGUCAGUGUGGGCCCCAGUACAGGGGUUUGUCCUGUGAGGACUGUGCUCCUGGGUUCAAGAGAGCAAAUCUUCAGAUGCACCCGUACCUAGGUAUGUGUGUGCCGUGUGAGUGUCACGGACACACCGGUAAUUGUGACCCCAACACAGGUGUGUGUGUCGACUGUCAGCAUAACACCACAGGUGACAACUGUGAAGUGUGCAAAACUGGUUUCUAUGGCGAUGCUACAGUAGGUACUUCUUCUGAUUGUAUUCCGUGUCCGUGCCAUGAUCCUCGUGUGGUGAACAAGACGUGCACUAAAGACAACAACAACAUCAUCAAGUGUUCCUUCUGUCAGCCAGGCUACAUAGGACAUAUGUGUGAUCAAUGUGACACUUUCUACUACGGCAAUGCUCAAAUUACGGGUGGAACAUGCACACGGUGUGAUUGUCAUGGAAACUCAGAUGCCUGUGACAAAAUAUCAGGAAUCUGCCAGAACUGUCAAAACAACACAGUAGGAUCGAAUUGUGAAAGAUGUAUGGACAGUUUCUAUGGAAAUGCUUCACUACAGAACUGUGCAGCCUGUGGUUGUGAUAACAAAGGUUCCAUCAGUCUUGUCUGUAACUUCACAUCCGGAGAGUGUCCUUGUCAUCCAGGCGUUGGCAAAAGAAACUGUGAUGCCUGUCAGACCAACUAUUAUGGCUUCUCUAAUGACAGUUUUACUGGUUGUCAGGCUUGUGGGUGCAAUGAGUUGGGAAGUAGUUUACUUCAGUGUAUGCCCGACUCCGGGAACUGUGUGUGCAAACAGAACGUCGUGUCGGGAGGGAAGUGUGAUGCAUGCAGUCCUGGUUACUUCGGUCUGCCAGACAAAGCCUGUGAAGCCUGUAGUUGCAACUCAACUGGUUCCGUGGGAGGUGCAACGGCUGCCUGUGACGCAGGUUCCGGGGUGUGUCCGUGUAAGCCAGGUGUGACCGGUCGGGCCUGUGAUCAAUGCCUGCCUUUAUACACAGACUUCGGAGAACAAGGGUGUACAGUUUGUGGCCGAUGUGAGAAAACACUGGGGGAGGACUCUGCUCGACUGGCUAACAUGUGGACGAGUUACUACAACACCAGUCAGAAAGUGCUGGCGAUACAGGCUCAGGACAAGGUGUUGCAGGGUCUCCAGCAGCAGCUGACCGACACGCAGGGCAAACUGGGGAUGGCCGGGACCACCUCUGGGUCCAGCUCCGGGUCCACUGGUGACCUUGCCAACAACAUCACACACAGUGAGACGGCCGCAAACAGAACUGUGUCGGAUCUUCAGAAUAAAGCCGUGACUCUGGAAGGAGUAGUUGUAACACUGAAGGAUGGCAGUGUUGGCGAGUGGAACAGAAUCAACGGCUUAAUGACAACCGCCCAGACCACACUGGAUCUUGUUAAGAGUGAGAACCAGAAAGCUUUCAACUACGAGGUCAGGCUUAAAGAGUUCAACACCAUCGCGGCACAAUACCAUACCAAAAGUCAAGUAACUGGAAGCUUGGGGCUUGAUUUUACUGCAGAACAACAAAGAGCCAAUGAAGACUUGAAAGUCAUACAGAAUGACACUCGUAUGCAGAGUAUGGAAUCACAAAUCCUUGGACAGACUACUAACAUCAGCAGUUUGAAGACAAAAGCUGAAAACCUGAAAACGGAGUUCACCACCGUCAUUCAACAGAUUACAGCGGCAGACAAAACGCUCGAUGACCUGACCUCUCAGAAGACGACCGUCACCAUAGCAGUCAAUGCUGCCAAGCUCUCCAAGGAUGCAUCGGAUGCUUUGAUAUCGCAGGUCCAGACAUCACUGGCUUCUGCUCAAGGGAUCACCACAACUGAAAACAUCCUGCAGACUGUGCUGAAAACAAAGUCGGACGUUGAUUCAAUACUCAGGGGCAAUGUACUCACAGUACUUCCAGAGUUAGCUCCCCUUCCUGCAGGUAUAACAAAUUUGGAGGAUGGGUCCUCGAGGCUGGCUGAUGAACUGGUGAACACACAGGCGCAGCUGGACAGUGCCAAGAAUUUGGUAGAACAAGCUGAAUCAAAGGCGAACACACUUCAAGUCCAUGCUGAUCUCAUUAACUCAACAUUUCGAGCAGUUGUGAAUCGGGGAGAGGCUGCUGUAAAGGCCAUCAAGAAUUACGAGCAAGUUAUCUCCACGUUGGAGAGUUCCAAGACGACAUCGGUCGAUGCUAAUAAGACGAUAGAGAAUGCCCGAGCUUUCCUGUCAGGAAUAACAGUGUCCGUACUGAGUAAUAACGCAUCAAGCUCCAAACAGAGAAGUGAAGAUCUCUUAUUGACUCUGAACAACAUCAACUAUAAACCAGAAGUUUUACAGAGUUUGCUAACCAAUGGAAAGACUGGUCUCCAGAUGGCCAAAGCCAAGUGGAAGAUAGUUGACCAGCAGCUUGACCAGAUGAACAUGGUGGCCCAGGCACUGAACACACAUAGAACAGAGAAUGCCAUCCAGCAGAAAAUAGCAAAUGCCAAGGACAUUGCAACUCGAGGUGAGAACUUGGCUCGGAGUGUGAAGACAAAUGCCGACGCCGAGCUAGUGUCUCUCAACAGCAAGGGAGAGGAGGUGGACGGCAAGAAGGGCCAAGCGAUUCAGACGAAUAACCUCAUCGCUAAGGUGGAAAAUGACUUACAGACUCUGCGGCAGAAUGCCAGUGCAAUCACAAACAACAUCCAACAAAUCAACAACCAGAAAGCCGAGAUUUUCAGCCGAAAGACUAGGCUUGAUACCAAAAUGGCCGACAUCGAGAGCAAACUGGCUCAGGCCAGGCAGCUGCUUGGUAAAAUUAGACAGCCAAUCCACUUCAACGGAAGCAUGUCCGUGGUUACGAAAAACAAUGUGGCCAACUUUGGUCUUCCGUACAGUGAUGUGAGCCUGUACUUCCGCAAAGAUGCCGGUCAGAUAUUUGGACUUCUCUUCUUCUCAGAGAACACUGCCUCCCCGGCUCACCUGUCUCUGAAACUGGUCAAUGAUAGGGUGGUGUUUGACUUCAAUAAUGGGGCUGAGUUCAUCUCGAUCCAGAACCCGGCGGAGAUCUGUGAGGGGUGCUGGGUACGUGCGCAAGCUUCUCGGUAUGAGAACACUGGCUACCUGACCGUCACCCUACUGAAUACUGGUGGAUUUGCCUCACAGUGGAAGAAAGGAAUCCAGGCUCAAAGAACCAUGAACCUCAACAGCAAGCUCAUGUUUGGCCAGCUGCCUCCUGGUUAUACGACAACAAAGUACAGCGGUGCUGGUUUCUUGGGUUGCAUGCAGAAUGUCAAGUUUAACGGGGAGGAUGUGAAUAUUUGGUCGGAAGCCGUUUUGAGUGGACAGUCGGCACAGUGCUGCAAGCAGCUGGUGACAGUGAAACCAGUGUUACCGGCUGGAACCAGUUUCAACGGGUUUGGUUACCUGGUUCUCAGUGGAACUGGUACCGACAUGUCUCAGUUACCCAUCACAGUGUCGAUUCAGUUCCGCACCUGGAACCCGUCGGCCACCAUUCUGUAUAUAGCUACAUCGGACAGAUCCAUCGUCUAUACGAUAUAUCUUGAUAACGGGCGAGUUGUGAUCGAUUACAGAGUUACUAAUAUUGCUCGAGUCCGCAUUUCCAGUGGUAGUAAAUUCAACAGCGGAGAAUGGGUACAGGUGACAGGCAUUCAUCAAGCCCAAAAUCAUGAGGUGAAAAUAGUGGUCUUGGAUCAGUCGGAUGCCAACAGGAAUGAAGACAUUGUGAGGAAUUCUGAUUACUCUGCUGACUUUUCGGCACUCUCGGGUCAGGAUAUAGUCCUUGGAGCCAGCAACCACCCAAACCAUGUCAGUUACCAAAUAAACAGCAAGAAUUUCGGAGGAUGUAUGAAAAACCUUGCAUACAAGUUUGGCAGUGGAGCGUUGGUUUCGCGGUCUCUCUCACAGGGAAUUGUCUUACAGAAAGGAGUAUCCUUUGUCGGGUGUGCCAGUACGAUUUUGCCAGGAGUCGGUUUUACUAAGAUUGACAGCUAUGCGGAACUGAAACGUGACAGUUCGCUACUUCCCAUCACAUCCAUUCAGUUUCAGCUGAUUACACUGGAGCCUCAGGGAGUCAUUCUGUAUCUCAAAGAUCCACAAAUGUCAACAAGAGUUCUCUACCUUGGUUUGUUCCAUGGCAACUUAAUACUGCUGUACAGUCAGACCUCAGCCAGGAUGUUUAGCGUCACGACCAUGGGUCGGUAUCUCAGUGACGGACAGCAACACGAUGUCAAGAUAAAUUUUACACAGCGCAGAGCCCAACUGAUGUUAAAUGGCACUGUGUAUGAACAGACCGCCGUACCGACAUUGUCAAACCCUCGGUUUGAUCUGUCGGUUACGACACCAAUUUACAUUGGUGGUGUCCCAGACAACUCUGUGUUGAAUAGCGAAUACCCUGCUAGGAAGUCGUUUGUUGGAGCUGUGCGUUCACUGAUCAUCAAUAACAGACUAGUGGACCUGAUCAAUGCUGGAUCCUUCCAGUCAUACAAUAACAUAGACUUAUCUGGAGUCCCAGCUCCCCCCAGUGAACUGCCACCUCCACCGUACUCUACCAUGAUGCCGCUGACAACCUUUCCACCUCCAACAUGUGCCGCGCCAUUGACCCCCACGUAUCUGCCUCAAUAUGCCGGAAUCUGGUUCAAGGGAAAUGCUGUCUUUGCUGUGGAUGUCAGUUCAAAAACUUCACUCUUCCUGGAAAAUUUUGCCAUGUCGAUCAAGUUUGCGGCUUUCCAUCCAGAUGGCCUGUUGUUGUUUGUAGCGAACAGUUAUCAGCAAUCUUCCCAGUGGCUCGCUAUCUAUCUCAAUAAUGGAAAAAUUGCCAUGGAAAUCAAAGGAGUAAACUUCAGUGAAACCUUGACUUCUGAGUUUACUUACAAUGAUGGCAUUCCACACAGGGUUGACUUCUUGGUUAUGAACCGCUACUUUGUACUUGUUGAGCCCCUCAAGAAGGAAUACGUUAGCAACAGCCAGGACGGGCUUGCACAACCAGCCGCGUUUAACAGCAUCACAACGGACUUGUUUCUUGGUGGCAGGGAUAACAGAGUUGCUUUUGGUCAACAAGUUCUGUCACAUUUGCCUGGUGGAUUUGUUGGUGCAAUUUACAAAUGUUUUAUCAAAGUGAAUGACGCUAACUCCAGUAAAAAUCUCGAGGUCGAUUGGAGAUCUCCCAAAAUUCCACUAGCAGAUGGGACAACAGGAGAAAUACCAACCAAUGCUUACUAUGGAUUAUCACUGAGUGGGGAUAAUUCAUUUGUAAAACUGGGUGAGUUUAUAUCACUGGUGAACAUGAACCUGACAGUAAAAGUGAACUUCAGCACGACACAAGUGUCAGCUAGCCUGUUUGGUAUCUACAUGUUCCACAAUCGUUUCGUUGUCCUGGAACUUGCAAACCACUGGCUCAGAGUCGUAAUGGCCUACAACAAGUCGUUUGAAGUAACAGUCUAUGAUUCGACUAACCUAUGUGACGGAACGCCCCAUUCUGUCAGCAUGUCGGUGGGACCAAUGGGAGUGGAGAUUCAGAUCGACGACAGUUUCAGCAGGACAUAUGCUUACACACCAGACUUCAUCCCUCCUGAAAUCUUGAACACCGUCGCCUACUUUGGUGGCUUUGAAAAUCCCGCCAAUACAUUUUCCAAAGAAGUUGUUAAGGAACAUCUCCGGGGUUGUUUGCUUGAUAUUGUUGUCAAUGGUAAAAAGUACGACACAGCUCUGUUGAAGGGGUUCAGUCGAGGAACUGUGUAUGGUUGUCCUUACUAAUACGUCAUCUUGCAAGUGGAUACCAGUCUAGCAUAGCAUUUUAUGUUAUGCAGAUUCUCAUUGUCUGAUUUGGACAAUGCAUACGUUAUUCCUAUACUUUGCUGUGUCAUUAAUGUUUUAUGCUGUAUUGUUUAUUUUCCCACCAACUAAAUUGUUAAACUUAUAACCCACCAUAAUAAAAUUGUUUCUCAUUUGUGUAUAUGUAUGUUUUAUGCAGUCAGAAUUUAGAACAGUUAUUAGUCCCCUGCCAGUCCUUAUGUCUGUCUGUCUAUCCAUCCGUCUGUCCCACAUAAUAUAGUUUUUCAGACAUUUUUUCUACAAUGCAUCAAGGUAUUGUGUAUAACUUUAUAAAAUACUGUUACAGAUCAAAAUUGACUUUCAUGGCAAUUUACCAAUUUGUCACAGAGUUAUGGUCCUUGAACUUAGGCGAUACGAAAAUUUGUUGGGCUCAGUUGGGGGACAUGUAUUGCUUUAGCAGUACUUUUAGAAAAACAAAAAUAACUUUUUAAAAUGCUUUUACAGUUGUCAUUUUUCUUAAACUGUUGUUGUUAUUACCAUAUAUCAUUACCUAUUAGUUGCCCUUGGCAAAAUCUUCCCCUAAACUAAUAUUUUUGCUUAAUUUUCUGACUCCUUUGUAAGUCUUUCUGAAUAAUAUUUUGAUGAAGAAAAUUUUUACUUAUAGUUGAAAAUAUACGGUAUCUAAAACAUGCUGGGAUGAAUUUACAAAGCCUGUUUUUAUUUUGCAGGUGUGUAACUACUUAUAUUUACAAUACUUAGGUAAACACUUACAUUUAAGAAAAACAGGCUUCGACCCAUGAAAUCCACACUCAAUCAGAAUUGUUUUUUUAAUUGACCUAUAUGAUAAGGUAUACGGUAUUUCAAACAUUUAGAAAAAUCCUCACAAAAUUAGUAUUCACUAUAUUUAACCAAUUCCAUUACAUUUAAUAAAAAAAAUGUACUGUUAAUUAUAUGUUUGUAUCAUAUGUUUGUACACGAAAGGGAAAUACUUUUGCCAUCGGACUCCUGUAACAUUGCUGUGAAUUUUAUAUGGCUAAUAAAUUCUGCCUUCCA